UAAAUCAUAUUUAAAUAUACAUACAUACAUUAGCUUUUCUCUCUCAUCCCACCAUCGUCUUUAUCUUUUGACGAAUUGAAGUGGUGUCUCUCUAAUAUAUUUAAAUAUGAUUAUUCGUUUUUAUUGUGUUUGUUUGAUCUGAGAGGAAGCUGUUCAUCCGGUGUAUCAGUGAGCUUUGAAAGCAAGAACGGCUUAACAUUUCAGAGUCGAAAUUAAUCAGGUGUUUUAUUAUCAAUCAUUUUUCUAUGGAUAGUAUAAGUCAGUUGCCUGAAGCGCUGCUCUUGAGAAUAUUGUCUUUACUGCCUGCCAAGGAUUUUGUAGCCACAAUGGUUUUGUCAAAACGGUGGCAGUUGCUUUGGAAACUAGUGCCAAAACUCAUAUAUGAUGAUAGUUAUCAAAAUAUUGAGUAUGGAAAAUUUUCUCGGUUUGUAGACAGGUCUUUGCUUUUGCACGAGGCGCCUGUUAUAGAAACUUUGCAUUUCAAGCUUGGUAGAAAGUGCGAUGCUGUAGAUAUCAGUGUAUGGACCGGAACUGCAGUUAAACGCUGUGUACGUUACCUUAUUGUUGAAAUUGAUUGUUCUUCAAGUACAACUCCGGUCAUACUUCCAGUUAGUUUAUAUACAGGCUGUACAAUGCUUGUGACCUUGAAACUAAACAGCGUGGUUAUCGUGGAUAUUUCUUCCUUGGUUUCUUUUCCAUCCCUCAAAACUUUGAGCCUUUUGUUUGUGAAGUACCCAAAUGACGGAUUUGUCAAGAGGCUUUUAUCCAAUUGCCCUGUUCUUGAAGCCUUAGUUGUGGAACGAGACCCCAAUGAUAAUGUGACCAUUUUCACUGUUAUUGUGCAUUCUCUAAAGAGUCUAUUCUUACGUGAGUCACCAAAAAGUGUUGAUAAUUCUCGUGGGUUUGUGGUAGAUGCUCCUUCUUUGGAGUGCUUCGAUGUUCUUGAUCAUAAGGGUGGGUUUUGUAUCAUUGAGAAUGAUAUGCCUAAGAUUGUAACAGCAAAUGUUGACGUCACUUACAUUCUUCCUGGGAAGAUUUUGGGGUCUAUUACUUCUGUCAAACGUCUCUAUUUGUGUUUAUCAACUUCAAAGACUGCAUAUCCUGUUGGUAGUGUCCUCCACCGUCUUGUAAACUUAAGGCUAUGCACAUGUGAGACAGAGUGGUUGAAUCUACUCAUGUGUUUGCUCAGAGAUUCCCCUAAGUUACGGGUUCUCAAACUUGAACAGAAACAUACCCAUCAGCCUGAUAAAGCUCGCCCGAGCUGGAGUGAACCGAGUUCAAUUCCUGAAUGUGUGAUAUCGAGUCUUGAAACUCUCGAGUGGGUAAAAUAUGAAGGAACAGAGGAAGAGAAAGACGUAUCGGCAUUUAUCUUAAGAAAUGCAAAAUGUUUAAAGAUGGCAACUAUCUCAUCUAACUCCACUGAUCCCAACAAGAAACUUAAGAUGCUCAAGGAGUUAUCAUCGUCGCCUAGACGCUCACCUACCUGUCAGCUGAUAUUUGACUGAAGUUAAUAUGAGCAGCCCCGAAGGAAAAAAAAACAUGUUCCAUAAGUCGAGUAACAUCUGGUUGUUAUGUCAAUGUUUGAUCCUGAAUCUUAGAUAUGUUGAAAGGUUAUAUUUGAGCUAUUUGAAUUUCUUAUGUUUUUUUGGCGUUUUGCUCUUUACUUAGAAGAAUGAAACGGAAGAACCACUGUCUUAUGUU